AUGGCAGAGUCAAGGAUGCUUGCGUCACCAGCCUCAUAUUCAGCUGUGACUGUCAGUGACAAGAAGCAUUACAACAAAGCCCUAAAAGAGUUACUCGGAAUAAUACAGAAUUCUAAAUGCUCUGAUAGGAUCGAUUAUGAAUAUGAAUUAAGUCAGAUGGAAAUAGCAGACCACAGUGAUGAAGACGUUUGUCCUAUCCAGGCCUAUAAUACUCAUCUGUACACAGAGACAGAUAUCACGUUGCCUUCUCAUCUGGUAGGCAACACUUGCACUGAGCCAUCCUUGGAUAUAAACAGCUCUCUUGCUAAUAAACUGAAUUUGAGGAGACCACACAACAGUUCCUUAAAGGUCCCAAGUAUUUUAUCUUCUGAGGUUCGAGAUAUUUAUGAAGAGUUGUCAGAAAUCUACCAGAAAUUGCAGAAAGAAAGGAUGUCACAGCAUGAGUAUUCACUUCAACUAAAGAAACGGGAGCAGUGUUUACGAGACAGAGAAGACAUGUUAUUCAAGCAUCAAGCUACUCUCAGCAAAAUUAAAAGUGUUGAAGAGAUUGUGCAUGAAAAAUUUGGGAUAAUGAAAGAGCAGCAUGAUGCAGAGGUAAAACAUCUAUCAGAAGCUCUUAAAGAGAAGAUUAAAGAAAAUAAAAGACUAAAAUCCUCUUUUGACACCUUGAAGGAAAUGAACGACACCCUAAAAAAACAGCUGAAUGAAGUAAGUGAGCAAAAACAAGACAUUGGAAAUUCAAGCUAGAAAAGUGCAGUCGCGCCUGGAAAAUUUGCAAAGAAAGCAAGCGUUUCUUACAGUGCAGAAAUGCAAGGAUGUUUCUCAGCUCAUACGUGAACCAAAAUUUUAUAAGACUGAAAAAGCUCCUGUUCCCCCAAAAGCUAAGAUUCCUACCAAUAUACAAGUAUACAAACUCUUAACCUUUCUUAUGGACUGGAUGUCUGCAGCUGAAGAAAGUAGAAGUGGAGACAAGCCAUUAUGCACAGACAAAUUGCCCGUAAACUGUGUGCAGGAAAAGUGUGCCAAGGCCCUUCACGUUAUUGUGGAGCAGUUUGGAUGGAUGCCAUUUGUCAAUAGCAAGAUACAUUUAUCAUUCAUGACCUCGACUAUAAGGCGAAUUGGUGAUGAAACAUGUAAAGGAGUUCUGUGUGAUCCCAUGGAAGAUAAUGGCACAGACCGCAAGCCAAAAUCUGUAGCUUUUUUUAAGAGCAAUAACUUACCGCUACGAUUUAUUUCAACACUGGUUGUUCUUAAAACUGUAACACAAGUGGACCACCUAGCUCAGGCCUUGGAUUCACUUUGCAUGGACCUGAAAAGUGACGAGGGAAGAUUGUUGUUCUUGGAGUAUCAGGCUGUGCCAAUUGUUGUACAUCUCCUACAUGUCACCAACAGAGGACUUGUUUCCGGUGUCCUUGAUAUUUUACUUCAACUUUCAAUGGAGACCAGAUUUUUGAAGCCAUUCCUGGAGUCAUGUAGCACAGAAUCAUUUUUUAGGACCUGUGCUGUGUUACUUAAGGAUCCCAAAGUUGAUGUGCAAAUACUCGAAAAACUAAGUAUUGUUCUACAAAAGCUUUCCAAAGUCAGGAGUAAUAAAAAGCUUUUUGAUAUGUUUAACAUUCCUCAAGUGAUCCAAGAAAUGCAGAGGACAGCCAACCCAGACCAUGCCUUUCUUGUUAUUAAUCUGAACUCUAUUCUUUUCCACUUGGGUUUUGCUAGGGCCAAAAUGCUUUCACCUAGUGUCAGCACUAACCAUGACUAA